CCCUCUCCUGGGGGAGAGGAUUAGAUUGGAAUGACAAAGGAAUGAGAGAGUAGAAUUUCAUUGUCACAAGAUAACUUCCUUGAAAAUAAACUACAAAUUGAUGAAUAAUGUUCAUUUGUUUAAAUUUAUACUAUAUUUGUUUUUAGUGAUUGUAUUUGAGGCAAAAAUCUAUUAAGUUUGGCAUCGCAUAAUUGGGAUACAUUUGACCUCCUAUGAAGAGUAAUAUUGUUUCUUCAAAUUAAGUACCAGAAGUACCUAAAAUAUGUGAUAUUGCCUUUUUGGAACCCCAGAGGGCCUAGAGGAGAGUGUUCGUGAAAGUCUGCAGAAUCUUUAAAGGUCUCUGGGAGGUUAUUAGUGGGAGUUUAUAGGAAGGGGAAGAAAAUGUUAUUAGAAACUGGAGAAGAGAGGCCCUUGUUAUGUGAUGGUGGUAAAUUUGACCACACUGUUGUCUAAGUAAUGAACUCAAUGGUCCUGCUAAGGAUUUUUCUAGAUAGUGUUCAAGUGCCACCUGGCUGCUUCUGCUACAACAUGAGAGGAGAGAGAUGAGCCAAAAAGGAACAGUUCAGUUUUCAAAUGAAAUUUAGAAGAAAUAUAAUGGAGCCAGUACCCACUGAGUUUAAAAAUAAAAGUGUUUCUCAUUCCCAGCCUUUCUAGAAGGCAAAAGGUCUCAAAAUAAGAAAUGGAUUCUGAGAAAAGAUAAAAUCGCAGGCGGGAUUGUGAGGUCAUAAGACCUCAGAGAUAUCUAAGGUGGCACCUUCUGGAACUGCUCCGACUUGAGGUGGACUUUCUCAGUGCAUCUGGGUGGAUGACCUCCAGCUGCUCUAGGCAAUCAUUGUCAUAGCUAGAAACCAAAUGCAAAGAGAACAGCUCUCUCUGUCUCGACAGUGAUAUAUACCAAGCUGAGGAACCAUCUAAAUGGUCCUGAGUCCCAUGCCCAUCCCUGAACCAAUCAUUGUAUUAGGGGGAUGCAUUAGGGUUAUGACUAACCAACCUUGUCUCAGUCAGGUACUAUAAUCUAUUAUCAGAAUAUGGGAAAGAGAAAGGAUUCUGAUAAUAUAAUCUAUUAUCAGAAUAUGGGGUUGGGGGAGAACAUCCUGGGCAGCCCCUCAGCCCUCAACUCCUAAAGCUGUCACAGUCUACUCAGCUGGCUCUGCCAAAAAUGGUGACACACAGAUUUAUUGUUGCUUUUCUUUUUUUAUUCUUUUUUAAAUUAAAAAAAAAUUAUUUUUAGAGAGAAAGAGACCAAGCAAACGUGCAUGUACACAAGCAUGGGGGGGUGGGGAGUGUGGAGAAAAAAAGAGGGAGAAAGAGAAUCUCAAGCAGGCUCUGUGCUGUCAGUGCAGCACCUCGUGCGGGCUCCAUCUCAUGGCGUGAGAUCAUGACCUGAGCCGAAAUCAAGAGUCAGACGCUCAACCGAGCCACCCAGGCGCCCCUAUUAUUGCUUUUCUUUAAAGCUCUAUGGGAAAGAUUGUAAUGUAAAGGAAUUUGAUCAUCUCUGUAUUUUAGUUAUGUGCGAUCACUAGAGGAACUAUGUGUAACCUAGAGCCAACUAUGAAUUUUGUCCAAGUAUUCUUGAGAUAUGAGGAUUUUUCUAAAAACCAUGGAGAAACUGAAUUUUGAAAUGUAAAGCUUCAUGAGACUUACCUGUAGGGUCUAGGUGACCCAAGUGAGCCUGAGGGGACAGCAGGAUAGGAACUAGAUGGAAGGUGGAAGGAUGUUACUCAAAAUUAUAUGAAGCAGUUGAGAGAAUUCAAGGCAACAAGCAGUAUAGAUAACACAAAGAUGAAAAUGGGAGAAAUGGUAGUAAACUUGGUAACUAGGAGACUUAAGUAAGGGCAUGGGAAAGAGAAAGGAAUGGGUCUCUCAGACCCUGUGAUAAGACAAUUUAAAAAAAAACAAAAAAACAUGGUCCUUGGAAUUUAUGGGCUGAGUGGUUUAAAAGAACCAUACCAGACAACAACAAAAUGCAAAUAUUUUGGAGAAUGGUUUAUGGGCAGCAACCAAUGGUGGUUGCUGCAAUCAGGGCCAGACAUAGAACUGUUGACUAAAACUCUUUAAAGUUUCAAGUAGAAAUUGAGACUUUCAUUUGUCAAAGCUUCUUUGAUACGUAGUGAUGGAGAAAAUGGAUGACAAUUUAGUAAUCUCACUGCUGUGGUGGUAUCCAUGAUGCCCUGGGGGAGAGGAUUAGAUUGGAAUGACAAAGGAAUGAGAGAGUAGAAUUUCAUUGUCACAAGUAACUUCCUUGGAAAUAAACUACAAAUUGAUGAAUAAUGUUUGUUUAAAUUUAUACUGUAUUUGUUUUUAGUGAUUACAUUUGAGGCAAAAAUCUAUUAAGCUUGGCAUCGCAUAAUUUGGGAUACAUUUGUCCUCCUAUGAAGAGUAAUAUUGUUUCUUCAAAUUAAGUACCAAAAGUGAGAAAUUCCCAUUGAAAAGGAAGGAUAGGUAGAAAAAGAGAAAAUGGAAAAGGAUAAAUGAAAAAAUCAGAAGGGAGACCAGGCAGUGUUAAAGAGGAUUAGGGCUGGAGAAAGAAAAACAAGAAUAUAUAUUUAAAAACAUGUAGGAGGAGGUUCUGUCUACAUGGUGUAUGACCAUGGCAGGCAAAGAAAAUCAGUUAAAACAGUUGUGGGUAUAGACACAGCUUGAGCAUUAAGAAAUGCAAGCUUCUCUGGAACUGGAUCACUUAGCUGCUUCUGGAUUGGGAGUGGGGGAUGAUAUACGUAGCCAAUCAGAAUGAAAGUAAGUUGGCAAGCAACCAAUGGGAAUUAGGUAUGGAAAUGGCUUUCGGUGUGAUAUCAGUUGGCAGUACUGUCCUUGGCAAACAGACGCAGAGCUGAGCGUCGUUCAUUCUUUGUGAUUUUCAAGAGCCUUCAUCUUGAUUUCCACUCUGAACCAGCUUAGUCUUGAAAGAUGGUAUCUCUGGUCUUGGUAGCUUGGAGAAGAACUUGAUUUGAGAGCGGUGCUGUAAUGACAGGUUAGUCUGUGGUAGUGAAAGUAGUAACUCACAUCUGAAUUCAUCAAGUUAGGACUGAAAAAGCAGUGUCAAAAAUGAACUCUUUCUUCUGGGUGCAAAGAGAAGGUAACAGCAGCAGGACAGAAUUACUCUGCGGCAAGACAGCUGGCUACACUAUUGUAAAUGGGCAUUUCACAAUGCUUGUGUGUUUCACGAUUGUCCUGGGAGGAUUUUUGAAGACCUGUCUAAGGAAUUCUGAAGUCAUUGUUUUGAUAAUUCUUUCUGUGUCAGGAUUUAUGAUAGGACAACUGGCUCACAGUUUUGUUCAGGUGCACGAAAUUGUCUACCCUCUUCUGAAAACACCAAGCUUUUCACUUUAUUGUUAUUUUUCACCUAUAAUUAUAUUUAUGGCUGCUUUGGAUGUGGACUUUUAUAUACUCAAGAAUAUGCUUUGGCAGGUCUUCCUAACAGGAUUAAUAAGCUUUGUUGUGGCAUUCAUCGUAAUUGGAUACGUAGUUCUGAGAUUCAAUGAAGAGUCAUGGGAUUUGCAAUCUUGCCUACUCUUUAGCAUGACCCUUGGCAUUACAGAUCCUAUUUUUUCUGUGAAUUCACUGAAAACUAUUGGCAUUUCCAAAAUGUAUACUGAUAUCAUAAGAGGAGAAUCAAUGAUAAUUUGUGGCUUCACAUCCAUACUUUUUGGACUUUUUCGGAACAACUUACUCCACAUUUCCAUACUUAGAGACUUACAUGUAAUCACGGGCCUCUGCUUGGGCAUCUUUGGAAGCAUAAUAUGUGGAUAUUCGUGUGCAAGAAUCAUUCAGUUUAUAUUGACUGACCUCUUUAGCAAUACACUAACUAGUGUCAUUCUUUGCAUUUCAAUGGUGUACCUGACUUUCUACGUUGUGGAAUCUUUGGGAAUGUCAGGAAUGAUUGCGUUAGUCACUGUAGGACUGAAUUUAGAUUCCUUAAGCUUUAAACCGAGGAUUGAGUUAACAAUUACUAAGUUCCUAAUAAUGUUUUCAACUGUAUACCAACAUUUAAUAUAUACUUUCUUUGGCAUUGUAAUUGGAUGUGGACAAAACAAGUUUUUGGGAUUUCACAGUAUGGUUUUCAUGUUCAUUUUAUUUACAACAGUGAAUUUUGUAAGGUUGCUUACUAUUGUGUUAGUGAGCCCUCUUCUGAUGCGUGUAAAUUAUGACUAUAACUGGAGAUGGGGAAUUGUUAUAGCAUGGUCUGGAAUUAAAGGAGUUUUUAGUUUACUCUUGGCUCCUGAAAUUCAUAAUCUGGCUGAUCAAAAAAUAGAAUCACCACAAAUGUUUUUAUUGUAUGUACAGGUAAUAUCACUAAUGACUAUGGGAAUAAAUUCAUACAUGAUGACUCAUUCAGCCAGGACAUUAGGUUUGUGUGCUAUUUCCCUCCCAAGGCAAAUGGCCAUGCAGAAUGCCAUUAAGCACAUUCAGGAGAUAAUACAGAACACAAUAAUGCUAUUUAAAACAGAAAAAAUUUUGACAAAUGUUAAUUGGACCUUAGUAGAAGAAAAAACAAAGAUUGAAUACACCAUUCCUUCUGAUACUGUUCAGUUUUCCCACGUUUCUCGUGGUAGUGAAACGGAGGAGUCCCCAACAGAAGAAGUUUUAAUAGAAGAAGCCAGAUUGCAUGUAGCUAUAAUACAAAUGAGUAGCUUUGAAAAACAGUGUAAUGAUGGAACUCUCAGUGUAGAGGCAGCCCGGAUAUUGAUCGGUGCAACCAAAAGCUAUUGCCCCAUCCAAGGAAAAUUCAUGAGUAUUUACGAUGUUUCAACUUACGUAAGAGCUAGAAGUUGGCUUAUGAAGUUUAAAAACAUGUUAACUUUUUUGGAAUAUCAUAAAGAUAAGGCACUUCUUAUUCUAUAUGGAAAUAAUAAAUUUCUUCUUUUUGUAUAUCACAUUGUAUUUUCAGAAGAAUUUGAAUAUGCAGGACAUGUUAUAACAUUAAUAUACAUUUAUCCCAUGAUAGUGCAUCUAUGGCCAAUGGCAAGAGAGUUAAAUGUGUUGGCACUUAUGUCAAUAAACUACUAUUUUGUAUUUUUAUAUAUAUUUCAAUCCGCACUGAAGAUAAUAAUUUUGAAAAGGAAAUAUUUUCGUGAAUAUUGGAAUACUUUGGACUUUUUUAUCAUGCUCCUUGGAAUCAUUGAUAUCUUUUGUAUAUACUUUGUCAAAUUGAGACAAGACAAUUUUGUUCUUAUUCAGGUUACAGUAAUACUAGGAUAUUUCAGAAUACUUAGGUUUAUUCCUCUCAUCAAGAUAAUAAUACCACUACUGAUAAAUAUUGUCGAUGUGCAGAUCAAAAAGCGCCUCCACUUGAUGUAUAGUAUUACAAAAGGUUAUGUCAAAAGUCAAGAGGAUACCAAAUUUUUAAUAAAACAAAUUUCCAGCCGAGAAUCAAUAUAUCAGAAAUUAUAUGAAAUUUUGGAAACCAACAAACGAGAUGCCAUCAAAGAACUAGGACUCAUAGAGCACGAGGGUCGUGAUGUUGUCAUUGCUUUGAAGACUAGGCAGGCAACCCGGAACGUGAUUGCUAAAGCUCUGAAAAACCUCACCUUCCUUUGGUCAAGAGGCAUUAUUGAUAAACAUGAGGGCAUCGAGAUGAAUAAGGUACUUCUUAGGAAAAUAAAGGCACUGAAUGACUUUCCAAUGGCAAUCCCACCACCAACCCCUGACAAAUAUCUUCAUAAUAUUGUUUGGCUGGAAAAUAAAGAUGUUCUCAUUGAGUUCUUCAAGGAAAGAGCCAAACUUGCCUACUUCGACUAUGGAGAUGUCAUUUGUAAAGAAGGUGAAAUGCCACAAGGAAUCUACUUAAUUAUUUCAGGAAUGGCAAUUUUGCAUAGCUCACCUCCUACCUUUGGAAUAGACAGUAGCCUAAGGUCUGAUAGAGAGUUCAAAACCAUGUUUACAGAAUACUGUACCAGUGGAGACAUCAUUGGAGAGCUGAGCUGUCUGCUUAAGCGUGAAAUUGAAUAUACUGCCAUUUGUGAAACUAUUUUACAGGCCUGCUUUAUCUCCCUGGAGGAUUUGUAUGAAGGCUUUGAUGUCUUCUGGCCAUCCUUGGAAUAUAAAAUAUGGCUAAAGCUUGCACUCAGUAUUGCCUAUCAGUAUUUUGAAUCAAGUCUCAUUGAUGAGAACUUAGAGUUUCAGAAGUGUGCGGCGUCCAAUCUGGCAUAUGUGGAGACUUUAUCAAGCUAUAACGAAAUGGUCAUCGAUAAUGUGACUAUGAAAUUCGUUAUUAUUGUGUAUGGCAGUGUGAUUGAUACUAAGACAGAGGUACAAUAUCUUGCACCUUGCAUUUUGCCUAAAACCUGUGAGCAGAUUCAGGGAACUUCAGAUUUAAGCAAGCUGCUGGUUAUCCAAGCAUCCAAGCCUGCCAAAAAUACCAAUGACUCCAAAGUCAUGGUUUUUCUGUCUGAUGCAUGUAUUUGGAUUGGUUCAGUCAACACUGGUCUUCAAACAACCCACAGAGAAUAUAAUUGGAAGAGAAAAAAGGAGUUGGAAACUGGACCCUAUUUUAAAAAGGAAUACUAAUGGUGCUAAGGUGAUAUGUGGAGUCAGGUAAAAGACUGAGCUAAUAUCCUGGCUCACGUGCUGAAGGAUCACCUGGCAAGGAGGUUACUCAGAAGUUGCUGAAAUGGCUAAUAAAUACUGCUGUAUUUAUUUCACAAGCAAUUGAGCUGCUGGAAAAGCUCUAACUUUAAGCAGUUGCAUUAUACUUGAGAUGUUCAAAAUUCUUCAGGAUGAUAAUAUAAUUCAUGGCCUACCAAAUGAAACCAAAUAGAGCCAUUUAUGAGAAUUCAAGUAAUCAGAAGCAUUGUACACUUAAUAUAUUACUGACUGAAGCAUACAACUUAUAUGAUUUGAUUUGCUGUUAAUGACCCCCUAACAUUUUCCAGUGAAAAGUUAUUCCCUCCCUCCCCAAUUUAGUAUAUGUUGAAAAAUGGAACUAUGUUCUCUAACCUUAGUUGCUGAAAGCAAAGUUUAGGAGAGGUUAAUAGUCUUGCAUUGCAUAAUACUCUUUGAUAUCACUUUUCAGUUUCUUUUUAAAAGUCAAAUAAAGUUGAAUGUUAUGGUCUGAUUGUUUAUUA